CGGUACGCGUACGCGUAUUUCUAUGGAUAAAAUUCCUCAAAUUGGUUAGUUUCUCAUUUAUUUCAAUUAAAAAAUCUGUAGUAAAACGAGAAAUAAUUAAUAAAGGUUUUCAUUAACUCCGUAUUCAAUAUAAUUUGUGGUCAGUUAUAUGAAACUUGUAUCAGAGGUGUUCAUUUUGAAUUUCGAAGCCUUCUACUAGAUGCAUUUCGGCACAGGAGUGCCGUCUACCGAGGAGUUUCAACCGUCGCCAUAACGCCCAAAAUGACAAGCCAACUCUUCCGUAGGAAGCCGUUUAAAAUUCUCAACACUUUCUUGAACACGUAAAUCGAGACAAUUUAAAAAUAACAGCAAAUAAACCAAAGUUAAACUUUUGAAGUGAUUUAGUGUUAGUGAAUUUUGUUCCUCUAUUUAUUUAGUUUAAUUCGAGUGAUAUUAGUUUAAGUAAAUUUAGUGACGUGCCAUAAUAAUGGUGAAUAUGUGGUGUUUGAUCGUCGCCUCAGUGCUGAGCUUAGUGGCGGCCGACAGGGACAACCUGCCACCUACUUGUGAUAGUUUAAUCUACUGCCACGGACCGCUGCUGCAUACGGUACAGAUGGCUGGGCUCUACAACGACUCCAAGACCUUUGUCGACAUGAAGAUUAAGUUCUCUCCUAACAUCACCCUCGAACACUUUAGGAAAAUGAUGGAAAGGUUAUAUCCAAUGGAGCCAACGAAAGCUGAUAUCCAGGAAUUUGUAAACCAGAACUUCGAUCCUGAGGGUUCAGAGUUUGAAGACUGGAGGCCCACUGAUUGGAAAGAUAAUCCAGCAUUUCUGCAAAGGAUCAAAGAUCCACUUCUUCACCAGUGGGCGUCGGAUCUGAACCGGCUGUGGUUAGAGCUGGGCAGGAAAAUGAAGGAGGACGUGAAGAAGAACCAGGAUCUGUAUUCCAUCAUCUAUGUUGACAAUCCUGUUAUAGUGCCUGGCGGUCGUUUCCGUGAGUUUUACUACUGGGAUUCAUAUUGGAUAAUCCAAGGUUUACUGUUGUCUGAAAUGAGAAGCACCGCUAGAGGCAUGGUGUCUAACUUCUUAGAUAUAGUGGAUAGAAUUGGUCUUAUACCGAAUGGUGGAAGAAUUUACUAUGUUAUGAGAUCACAACCACCUCUUCUUAUACCAAUGGUUCAAUCAAUAAUGGAAGAUUCAUUUGAUAUUGACUUUCUAAAACAACAUAUACAUACAUUGGAUAAAGAAUUUGAUUUCUGGAUGAAAAACCAUACAGUGGAAGUUGAACAUGACGGAGAAAAAUUCAUAAUGUUGAGGUAUGCGGACGGUUCCAAAGGUCCAAGACCAGAGAGUUAUAAAGAAGACAUAGACUGUGCUAAACAUUUCGACACAACUGACAAGAAAGAAGAAUUAUAUGCAGAAUUAAAAGCUGCAGCUGAAUCUGGUUGGGAUUUCUCAUCCAGAUGGUUUAUACUGAAUGGGACUAAUAAAGGUAAUCUAACAAAUCUGAAGACUAGAUCAAUAAUACCAGUAGAUCUGAACGCUAUAAUGUGUUGGAAUGCUGAGAUAAUGGCUGACUUCUAUCAGCGUCUAGGAAAUAUUGACAAAGAGAGAUAUUACAGGAAUACACAUUCUAGAUUAAUGGAAGCUAUUGAAAAGGUAUUAUGGCAUGAGGAUGUAGGAGUUUGGCUGGAUUACAGCCUGGAAUCUAAACGACGGCGGGACUAUUUCUACCCGUCUAAUGUUGCCCCACUUUGGACAGGCAGUUAUGAUAAAGCUCGCACUGAGUACUUCGUUAGACGAGUUAUUAAUUAUCUAGAUAAAGUUAAGGUUGACAUCUACGAGGGUGGUAUCCCCACUACAUUUGAGCAUUCCGGAGAGCAAUGGGACUACCCCAAUGCAUGGCCACCGCUGCAGUACAUAGUGGUGACAGGUCUGGCCAACACCAAGCUGCCGGAGGCCACACGUCUGGCCUAUGAGAUGGCCACCAAGUGGGUCAGGUCUAACUUCGAAGUCUGGAAGCAAAAAACUGCUAUGCUGGAAAAGUACGAUGCGACAAUAUUUGGUGGAUAUGGCGGCGGAGGAGAGUACGUUUUACAGACCGGCUUUGGCUGGACCAAUGGCGUGGUUAUGGCGUUACUCAAUCGAUAUGGAGAGCGGUUGUCAGCAGCGGAGGCGUUCGGGUCUGAUGCUGUUGAUGGUGCGGUGCAUGGCGCGGCUGUCGGUGCCAGCGGGGUGGCCACCGCCGUGCUUGUGGUCAUGGCCUCCGUCGCUGCAGGAGCGUUAGGACUCUUGGUAUACUGGAAGAGGAAGGACUAUAUUACUCUGACUGGAGGGGAGGAUCUCAAGUUGUUGUCAAGAAGACCGUACACCGAACUGAGGAGUAUGAACGGUGCAUCUAACCCAAGGCAACGGUGAAUCAAAAUACACCCCUACCACGGUAACUCGAAUUGUA